CAGAGAGCACCAAAAAAGGUUGGUAAGCUGGUAGUACUGCAUCAUAUCGAGACUGUGAGAGAGAGAGAGAGAGAGAGGAUGAAGAAGGUGGUGACAAGAGUUGACGACGCAGUGGUUUGGAACAUUCGAUACGGAGAAUGUCAGAAGAAUCAUGCGGCUUCCAUGGGAGGGUAUGCUGUGGAUGGUUGCAGAGAAUUCAUGGCUAGCUCCGGCGAGGGCACAAGUGGGGCUCUCACUUGUGCGGCUUGUGGCUGCCACCGCAAUUUCCACAGAAGACACGAGCAAGUCGAGGGUCGUCUGUGAGUUAUCUCCUUCAAUUCUGCCUCUCAACCCAACUAAUAAACGCAAACACACCCACUUAAUUAUUAUCUUUAUUUAUACACGUUUGAUAUAUAGUUGUUAUGCCUUCAUAAAUUUGUGUGUGGGAAUUAUCUAUGUAUAUUGUUACUUACUGAACUUUAAUGGUCCCGAUCUUGAUCACUUCCUUGGUUUCUGAGUGGGGAUUGUACAACAGAUUCCAUUCUUGAUUUCUUGUCAAGAAUUAAUUGAUAUAUAUUAUUGGAUGCUUCAGAGUUCUCAGAGUUUAA